AUGCGGAUGGAUCGUCAGCAUCCACAACAUGACCAGCAAUCCCCUCUGCGAAAGCUGCGACAGGCUUGUUGCAAGUCUGCCGCAACAGCAGCACUUGUACUAGCAACGUUGCUGGCCUGCCUGUUUGCCACAACUUCUGCACUCUCACCUGCCGCGGAUGCUUGCGAGCCCGGAGGAGACCUUCAAGCCUUGCUGCAACGGCGUGGUGCUCACAUGAGCCACCAAGAUUAUGCUCGAUCCGACGCUGACAUGGAGCCGAACCCUCCUCAGUGGCCGCCGUCGGUGUAUAUCUUCAGUCCGGAGAUGGAAAAUAUCAGCUGCACGGUGCAGGCGCUCUUCACGCAGCUGGGGCCCCUUGCGACGGGGAAGUUUAGCUCUCUCCGGGUGGCGCUGCUUUUCAAGCCGGGCAACUACAGCUUGGAUGUGCCCGUGGGUUUCUACACGCAGGUGCUGGGUCUCGGAGAGAGCCCCGAAGAGGUGACGUUCACUGGCAGCCGCGGGGUUUAUGGGCCCAGCGAGGCGGACAACGUGAACUUCAACACUUUCUGGAAGGCUGUCGAAAACGUGGCGAAUCGCCCCACCUCGCAACGUACGACGUGGUCAGUGUCGCAAGCCGCACCCAUGAGACGGGUGAAGGUUCACGGAGACCUGGCUUUCGGGGAGCCGGGAAAGGAUGGUCCAUCCAAGGGCAGCGGCGGCUUCGUGGCCAACUUGGAGGUCACUGGCACAGUGGAUCUAGUGCGGCAGCAGCAGUGGCUCAUCCGCAGCUGCAAGGUACAGAGCACCACCUACUUCGACAGCCCACCGCGUGCCGUGAACUUCGUGUACGUGGGCACCGAGGGGGCUCCUGCUGAAACGAGCUGCACGAACUCCAUGCAGGAUCCCGUGUCGCCUCAUCCGCAGAAUCUCUUGGUGGAGAAGCCGCCAGUGUUGCUCGAGAAGCCUUACAUCACAGUGGAUGCCAUGGGAAAAUUCAACCUCGCGAUCCCCCGACCGAUCUGGGGACGAAGUGGGCCAGGCUGGGAUGAGUCGGACCUCAUCGGCUUCGAGCACGUCUUUGUGGCUACAGAUUCCAUGGCAGCCUCUGCGAUCAACGCGAAGCUGGCUGCAGGGCGACACGUGGUGCUCUCUCCCGGGAUCUACCAACUCAGCGAGCCUCUCCGGCUAGGUUUCAAUGAGAGCGCGGGCGGUCAAGUGCUCUUGGGCUUGGGCAUGGCCACUCUCGUGCCCACGAACGGCACGGCAGUGAUAGAGGUGGGGCCCUCUUGCGGGGUGCGUGUCGCCGGGGUGCUGCUCCAAGCGGGUGCCGUCAAAUCUCCGUCUCUGCUUCGCUGGGAGCCAAACUCCUGUCAAGGCGACAACCCUAGCCUGCUGGCUGAUGUUUUUGCAAGGGUCGGAGGCCCUGACACCGAGGUGGUGUCCGCAGAUGUCAUGAUUGAAGUUGGGGGCAACCACGUGGUCCUCGACAACGUCUGGGCCUGGAGGGCAGACUGCUGCCAGCUGGGCUGUGGCACCUGUGUGGAGCGAUACUGCAAGCACGGCGUAGUCGUGAACGGUGCGAAUGUGGUCUCCUACGGCCUUUUUUCUGAACAUUGCCAGGAGGAUCUGACUGUGUGGAAUGGGGAGAAUGGGAUGUCCUUCUUCUACCAGAGUGAAAUGGAUUCCUUCGCGCGGCAACCCUGGGAUCACACGCCACACUAUGGAGAAAAUGGUGUCUCUGGCUACCGAGUUAAUGCUCACACCCACAUCGCUGUGGGCAUCGGCGUCUACGCCUACUUUGUAGAGCCGGGAAAUGUCGUAAAGGCCGGCACAGUGAUAGUGGAUGAGGCCAGUACCGAGUUGACAUGUCCUUUUGCUUGGAAUCUGAACUCUGCGUGGUACAACAAUUCAGAGUCCGGAAUUGAACGUGCAGUGAGAAUAGAGCAUGCGCACAUCUUAAAAUUUUGA